AUGUUACUGCCUUGGGUUUAUCUUGGUAUCUUAGUAAGUCUGUGGGCUUAUGCUUGUGGUGUUGAUUUCUGCGAGUAUCUUGUUGCAGGGCGGUCUGAAAGGGCUGUUGUUCAAAGAGCACAAGCUGAUGCACGUGAGUGGGCAGCUAUUGAUGCAAAGGGAAGGGCAGAAUGGGCAGCUGGGGCAUGUCAACGAUAUGAGGUCAUUCCUUUGUCUCCAAACAGUUAUUUACAUGUGUUUUAUUUUUUAAAUGAACAACUGAUAUGUGGUGGAAAAAGUUACUAUGGUGCCAUUCUAUGUUGUGCCUGGAGUUCGGAUGGGAAAUACAUUUUGUCUGGUGGAGAAGAUGUUCUACAUUUCCAGUCAACUAUAGGACCUGGUGAUCCUAGUUACAAACCUUCAAAAAGAAGAAAAGGAUUGAUGGUGUUUGCAUGUGAUGCUUUUGAUCUUCCCAUUCGGAAGGAAAUUAUCCACCGUGUUGUAAGAUGGCAGCUUGCAAAAAGACAACAGGUUAUAUCUAAAGAUGAAUCUGUCAAAACCUCUAAAGCUGCUAUUGAUGUACAAAACUUCUCACGUCUACAAAAGAAUGAAGAUGUUAUAGACUAUGCACUGAAGAAGAGGGAUGUGAAACUUGUGCCAUGUGGACUAGAUUUUGGACGCCCAAGGUUUGUUCGAUUUAGAGAACGUAGAUUUCAUCGAUCUUUGGAAAAGACAAGACGUUUCUACCCUCAUGUCCAUAACAUGGAUGGUUUUUUUGUUGCAAAGUCGAAGAAAAUGAGUAAUUCAAAGGGAGUUUUGCAGCUUUUGAAUACUAGGAUAUUUGUGUCUAGGAUUGAACUGCACAUGCACUCUUCUGGUAGAAUUUACUAG